UGGGCGUGAGUUGCCGGGAGUGACUCCCCGAGCGGUGCGAGGGGCCGGCGGAUCCUGGGGCAGCGCGAGGUGGCCGUGGCGCUGCUGGGCGCGGCCAGCAAGCCCAGGACGCUUCUGGUCUCCGCUCAGCGUCGGCGGAGCCGGCUGCCGCGGGAGCUGCACUUGCUCCCUGGUCUACCAGUCCUACGGUCCCAGCCCCGCCCGGCGAACUGCGGCCGGGCGGCGGGUCUGGGAGGACCCGGCUGCCCGGAGAGCGCCGAGAGCCCAGCCCGCGCCUCCGCUGCCGCGACAAGGAGCCGGCCGGGCGCCGGGCACCUUCCCUGUGGCCCGGGGAUGACUUCUCCGGGCUCCCCUCUGGCGCCUUUGCUGCUCCUUUCUCUCCACGGUGUCGCAGCUUCCCUGGAAGUCUCAGAGAGUCCUGGGAGUAUCCAAGUGGCCCGGAGUCAGACAGCAGUACUGCCCUGUACCUUCACCACUAGUGCUGCCCUCGUUAACCUCAAUGUCAUUUGGAUGGUCAUUCCACUCUCCAAUGCUAACCAACCUGAACAGGUCAUUCUGUAUCAGGGUGGACAGAUGUUUGACGGUGCCCCCCGGUUCCAUGGUAGGGUAGGAUUUACAGGCACCAUGCCAGCCACCAAUGUCUCCAUCUUCAUUAAUAACACUCAGCUAUCAGACACAGGCACCUACCAGUGUUUGGUCAACAACCUUCCUGACAGAGGGGGCAGGAACAUUGGGGUCACUGGUCUUACAGUGUUAGUUCCCCCUUCUGCCCCACACUGCCAAAUCCAAGGAUCCCAAGAUAUUGGUAGUGAUGUCAUCCUGCUCUGUAGCUCAGAGGAAGGUAUUCCUCGACCAACUUAUCUCUGGGAGAAGUUAGACAAUACCCUCAAACUACCUCCAACAGCCACUCAGGACCAGGUCCAGGGAACAGUCACCAUCCGGAACAUCAGCGCUCUGUCUUCAGGUUUGUAUCAGUGCGUAGCUUCUAACGCCAUUGGAACCAGCACCUGUCUUUUGGAUCUCCAGGUUAUUUCACCGCAGCCCAGGAACAUUGGACUAAUAGCUGGAGCCAUUGGUACUGGUGCAGUUAUUAUCAUUUUUUGCAUUGCACUGAUUUUAGGGGCAUUCUUUUAUUGGAGAAGCAAAAAUAAAGAGGAGGAGGAAGAAGAAAUUCCUAAUGAAAUAAGAGAGGAUGAUCUUCCGCCUAAAUGUUCUUCUUCUGCCAAAGCAUUUCACACCGAGAUAUCCUCCUCAGAGAACAACACAAUGACCUCUUCCAAUACCUACAACAGUCGAUACUGGAGCAAGAAUCCAAAAGCUCACGGAACCACAGAGACGUUCACCCACUUUAAUGACCUGCGCCAGUCUUUCUCCGUCCACUCAGGCAAUGCCAAUAUAACAUCCAUCUAUGCUAAUGGGAACCACCUGGUUCCAACUCCACAUAAGACUUUGGUAGUGACAGCUAACAGAGGGUCCCCGCCACAGGUCAUGCCUAAGAGCAAUGGCUCAGUCAGCAGGAAGCCUCGGCCUCAGCAUACACACUCCUACACCGUGAGCCAAGCAACACUGGAGCGAAUUGGUGCCAUACCCGUCAUGGUGCCAGCCCAGAGUCGGGCUGGGUCCCUGGUAUAGGACAUGAGGGCAUAUAGUGUUGAGAAAAAAAUAAAUGGAAUGCCCCCAUAUGAUGGGGAGUGAGGUGGGGCAAGUGCUAGAAAAGAAACACUUUACUUAUUAUUAUAUUAGUAAAAAGCACCAAGAAGAAGAAAUGCUAUUACUUGGCCACUAAGAUUUGUAACAGGGACUGGAUUACCCCAUCAUGAAGAUUUCUUUCCUCCACCACAGAUUUCUUGGGAUUCUAUUCAAACGCUGGAUCUCAAAGAUGUGCCAAGCCAAGGAAGAAGGUAUAAGAUCGGAUUAGCACUUAAAACCCAAACUGCCAUCCAGAUGGGCUUGUUCCUUAAUCCAUGACUAACUUUAUGUUAUUUUUUUUUCUAGAGACUAAAGUGCCAGAUGGUGUUUAAAUAAUGAAAUUAUUUAAAAAGAUAGGUAUCUUUAGGAAAAAAUAAUGAGCAAGCCUGUAAUAUGUUCUGUUUCUCCCCAUUCCCUCAUUAUUUUGAGGGUGUAAUGGCAUAAAUGGUUCAUACUGGUCCCCACAAGGCUGGGUCUUGUAUCAUAGAAUCAAAUUUUUUACAUAAACAAAACCCAGUAAGAAAUGGGGAAAAACAAAGGAAAUUUCUUUGGGAAGUCCCUUCAUAUUUAUUUAUUUAUCUCUUCCUGAACCAUGAAUUUCAUAUUUGGAAUAUUGCUGUAUUGACAGAUUCUUGCCUGUCUACUUUUUUCUAGGAUCUGUUACAGGUCCAUGGCAAUUACUGUUCAUUAUUUUGUGGAAAAAUAUUUUUUUAAAAGAAAACUCUUGUUGUCAUUUUAAUACAUGAGGGAAAUUGGGUUAGGAAAGAAAAGACCAUCGUUUAACACCACGUUCAGUGAUUCUGUUGGAUGAUCCCAGCAGGAGGUCUGUCUCUGGAGAGCGAGGCUGUGGCUAAGGGACCUCUGCAGCCCUGAGCAGCCAUUCAGAGCAGGGCUGCUCAGGUCUCCCUUGUUAUCACACUAGGUUACUUAAUGAGGAUAACAUCUGAUGCCUCUUGCACAGCGGUAGAUAACUUUCUCCUUGUUUGACAAGUAGAGGUUAGUUGGUUGUGGCCAGGAGGACAGGAGUUGUUUUGUUUUUGUUUUUCCAAAAGAGAUAAGACCAAGACAAAAGGAGUGUUUUCAGGUGUGCUACUGGGAAGGUCUGCCCUUUGUCUGAGACAGCUCAGUGUUGCAGUUUUGCACAGGGUUUUGUUCAAAUGUAUUUUACACCACUCUAAAAAAAAAGACUCCUUUUGUGAUUAAUUACCUGGCUCGUCUGGCCUUGCAGUUCAUCAAAUAAUUUACCAGAUCACUAUAUUUUGUGCUAUGUAGAUCUGGCCAUACUUGUGUUGGUGAUUACCUCACCUUAAUCACACUUGAAGCAACCACAAAUGAUUUCUUCCCAGAUUUAUCUCUUAAAUUAUGAUACUGACCCUAUGAUCAGUGUCUUCUCUUUCCCACAUAUGUCCUUUAACACUUUCUUCCCUCCAUGCUUUUUGCCCUUUUUACCUGCAAGCAUAGUCAUCAUAGGGAGUGGUCUCCUGAUUUUUGGACUUAAUUGAAUAAAUACAAGACAACAGCUGUGCAUGCACUGAUUUUUCCAAGAAGGCCAAACUCAGAACCUAACCAUUGCAACCAUUUAAAUGUUGGUAAAUGCUGAAUUUACUUUAGUAUUACUUAUUUUUUUGCAUUUGAUGGUUCUUGACUUUGUAAAAACUUAAAUAAAUGAAUGUCUAUACUUUUUAUAAAGAAGUGAAGAUACUAUGACACAGAAAAGAUAUUAUCAGAUGUUGUUUAGAAAGCAUUUAUCUUGCAUUUCUUUAUUCUUUCUAAUUAUCUAAAAUUCAAUAAAAAUUUAUUCAUAUAAAACAAGUUGUCAUUAAUUAUCAUAAUGCUGACGAAUAUAUGAUUUUGUAUUUAGUGUUCCCUUUAAUGCAGUAAGCAGUUUUCCAUGUUGUUAAAUAGUAUUCAUAAUCAUUUUAAUGACCAUAUAGUAUUCCAAAAUAUCCUUUCUCCUAUUCUUAGUGAUUUGAUUCCAGUUCUCACAUGUGUUACUGAAGAUGUGAUGACCCUCUUCCUACACUGAAGUAUUUUCAUAUUUCCUAGUCUGAAGGUGGAGUCCAUGCCUACCAUUUUCACCAUUGAAUUUCCAUUGCCUAGCACAGUGCCAAGUAUGGGUGUUGAUUAGAUAAAUGACUGAUGAUUCCUGUUCAAGUAUUGAGCACAAUUAUAGACCUUGAUAUACAUUAGAUCAUUACUUUUAUUUAACUUUUUAUUUUUAGGUAAUUAUAUGUUUACGUGAAGUUGUAAGAAGCAAUACAGAGAGAUCCCAUGUACCCUUCACUCAUUUUCCCCAAUGGUAACGUUUUGCAUAGUAUCACAAAUUGACAUGGAAAUAAGCCAUUGACCUUAUUCAGAUUUCAUGAUUUUACCAGUUGUACAUGUACUCUGUGUGUGUGUGUGUGUGUGUGUGUGUGUGUGUGUGUGUUUUCUGUGUAGUUUUAUCACAUACAGAUUGGUAUGCCUACCACGGUCAAGGUACAGGAGUCCUUGUGUUGCCCUUUUAUAGCCACAGCCAUCUCCCUCCAUCUACCCCUAAUCCCUGGCAAUCAUUGACAUGUGAAAUCCAUCCAAAUUGUUGCAUAUAUCAAUAAUUUGUUCCUUUAUAUUUCUGGGUAGUAUUCCAUGGUAUGGAUGUACUACAGUUUGUUUAACCAUUCACGUGUUGAAGGACAUUUAGGUUGUUUCCAGUUUUUGACUAUUAU